AUGGCCGAGCAUUCCUGGUCGUCACGCAGUAAAGAGGGCCCGAUGGUUUUGGAACUCCCACAACUGGUAGAAGAGGGCUUAAACUGGAGCAGUGGUAUGGACGUGUGGUCCUCGAAAUUCCAGUGGCUACCAUGUGAAGUGGAAUUCACUAGUCCCCCUGGGUCUACGGAUGUUCGGAUUUCGUCUUACAUCAAUAAUCUCCAUCCGACGAACCGCGAGAUAUACUCCGCGAUCGAGACCGUUAUCUCCGGUAGCAUUAAACAAUGGAACGAGAUUUUGGUUCGUAAUAAUUGGAGGGAAGCGAACGGCCUUUUCCAUGGGCAUUACAUCUCCUAUCCUCGUGAGCCUAUGCGUAUCCGCACUUACGGAGUCGAGUGGAAAACCCAGUUCCCUGAAUGGGCGAAAAGAUUGCCCCGCAAGGAAGACGAGGAUAAACUCUCUACGGAGGAAUACGAAACUAUGUGUGCUCAAGUGGAGGCGUACCUUCAGGAACCUGAAUCCAAGGAUAAGGUAUACUGGCAGAAGGUCAAAAGGCAAAGGAUCCCGGGGGAUUGGAAGGCCCGCUGGGGCUUGCUUCGCACAUCUUUGACCAAGUAUGCACGCACAUUCGUCUUUAAGCAUUCGGACCCAGGAACCGCGUACUCAUACGAGGACUGGAAAGCAGGGAGGACCGGGAAAGCAAUCGUUGGCCCGGCACACUUCGAUUACGUUUGCAGUCCGGAUUAUGAAUAUUGUCAAUUCAUUGACUCAAACCCUUGGUUAGCACCCUACACAUGGAUGUAUCAGCCCAAGGAAGAGGACCCUGACGAUCACCAGUUCUACACGCUUGCAUUGCAGGAUGAUUUUCGAGAACAGGGUCUCCAGGUUGUCGUCCGGAUCCACAGUAUCGAGCUAGACCCCGAAACGCCAUCCUCUCCCGGGGAGGAAUGGCACACGGAAGGAAAUGCAAACGAACGUAUAGUCGCCAACGCCAUCUACGCGCUUGAUUCGGAAAACAUGCCCGAGCCGCAAAUCAGGUUCCGGCAGAGGUGUACAAAAGGCCUUACCUGGGUCUACGACCGAAUUGGCGCCGAGGAGUCAGACGACGACGAAAGUGAAAGCGAUUUCGCCCCCGAUGACAGCGAGGCCCCUGAUCACAGCGAGGCCCCAAAUAACAGCGAUGAAGCUUCAGAUGACAGCGAUGCCCCCGAUGACAGCGAUGGGGCUUCAGAUGAGGGAUAUCGAGAUCUCAUCCUGAAGUAUGCCCUAUGGGACGUCAAGUAUAUAGGAAUGCUUCUCGGAUACGAGAACAUUCAGUCUAGUCCAGCCUGGCAACAGCUCGGGGAGGUUAAGAUGCCUCCGGGCCGCCUGAUCUCCUUCCCCAACGCCUUCCAGCGCCGAAUGGGCCCAUUACAGCUUCAAGACAAGACCAAGCCCGGCCACUGCCGUUUUCUCACUUUGCCCCUUAUCGACCCGACCUACCGGCUUUGCUCUACGCGGAACGUUCCACCCCAGCAGACUGGUUGGAUCAAAGGCGAUGGUGUUGAGUCUGUGACGCCAAUGGAUAUGGAGGAGGCCCUUGAGUUGAGAGAGGAAUUGGUCAAGGAACAUGCCAAGAAGGAUGAGAGUGUCUUUGAGUGUGGUGCAGGGUUAUGA